UGACACUUGUAAAUUUUGCAUUGCAUUUAGGUUUAUUGUAUUUCUGCAAGCAAAGCAAAUGCAAAUUCAAACAAAAAUCGAGCUAUAUUGAAGCGGCACGUAUUAUUGGGAAGUCGCUAUAUGUAGGUAGUGGAAUUAAAUUUCAUUGUCUUUUAAUAGUCCAGAUAAACUAUAAUUCAUCAGUUAAUUUUAUACGGACAGUUUACAAACAAAUAAUAUCACAUUUUAUGUGGUGUCAUUAUUUUAUUUCUCAGAAAAAAUAUUUGAGAUGUGUUGGCAACGUGAAAUUAAUAAGACCUUAGUGUGAAUUAUUUUUCAUGUAGGAUCUGUUUUAAACAUUACAAGAACAUCCAAAGUAAUCUAUUUCGGUGUGUCGUCGGGAUGGUGCGCGGCGCGCGCUGGCGGCUGGUGGCGGCGCUGGCGGCGGGCGCGCUGCUGCUGUGGGCGUGGCGCAGCGGCGGCGAGGACGCGCGCGCCGUCGGCGCGCCGGUUGCGGGCCGCGAGCUGCCGCUCAUAUUCAUCGGCGGCGUUCCGCGCUCUGGCACCACGCUGAUGCGCGCCAUGCUGGAUGCACACCCGGACGUGCGCUGCGGCCAGGAGACGCGCGUGGUACCGCGCAUCCUACAGAUGCGCCAGCACUGGGCCCGCUCCCAGAAGGAGAGUGUGCGGUUGGAGCAAGCGGGCGUAUCUAAAGCGGUGCUGGAUAACGCCAUCGCCGCCUUCUGUCUCGAGGUGAUCGUGCGCCACGGCGAGCCAGCGCCGAGGCUCUGCAACAAGGACCCGCUAGUGCUCAAGAUGGGCACCUACGUUCUCGAGCUCUUCCCUAACGCCAAAUUCCUGUUCAUGGUCAGAGAUGGCCGAGCCACCGUCCACUCCAUUAUCACAAGAAAGGUGACGAUCACGGGUUUCGACCUGACGUCGUACCGGCAGUGCAUGACCAAGUGGAACCACGCGGUGGAGCUGAUGUAUCAGCAGUGCCGCACGCUGGGCCCGCAGCGCUGCCUCAUGGUGCGCUACGAGGCGCUGGUGCUGCAGCCGGCCGCCACGCUGCGCGCCGUCACCGCCUUCCUCGGCCUGCGCUGGGACGACGCCGUGCUGCACCACGAGCAGUACAUCAACAAACCCAAUGGCGUCGCGCUCUCCAACGUGGAACGGUCGUCGGACCAAGUGGUGCGGCCGGUGAACUUGGACGCGCUGGACAAGUGGGUGGGCCAGCUGCCCAGCGACGUACGCGCCGACAUGGCCGAGCUGGCGCCCAUGCUGUCCGUGCUGGGCUACGACCCCUGGGCCAACCCGCCGCGCUAUGCCGACCUCUCCUACCCCGCCAACAGGCCCCACCCCUCCACCGACGGCGCGCAUAAACACGACCACCCCCAACCGCCCUAGUCUUAAUCUUAAAUAAUAUAUUAUGUUAAAUCUA